AUGGUAUCUACAGCUGUCACUGCCGUUCUACAAGACCCGGGUCUAGAGGAGGUGGUGGAGCGCAUCCUCGCCGGCCUCGAUUGGCGCUCUAUCCUGUCCGCUGGCAUGACGUGUUCCAACCUCAACAACAUCGUCACUGGAAGCUCUCGUCUGCAACUCCCUCUUCGUGUCGCCUACUAUGGUUUCCCUUCGAGCUACACCGACUUCGACCGUCCCAUGGAUGCCGACACGUUUCCUUCUCCAGCCGAGCGCAUCGAGCGCUUGCUCUCUGUUCAGCGGAACUGGAUCGAGUUGAGCCCAUGUCGUCUGGAAACCGUCGACGGCCUACCCUUCAUGCACGUCGCUACGACAUCCGGCUUGUUCAUACGCGCAGUGUCUGAAGCAUCAUUCAAGCGCUUUGACCUCGGCAGCCACAUUCCAGUAAAUGACAGAAAGCAUGAACGCUGUGUUGCGUGGAUCGUUUCCGACACCUACGCGCUGCGCGACCCAGAAGCCAAACUCUCCAGCUACGCGGUCAUCUCCCCCGUACCCUUCGACCAUUUUGCCGCGUCUCGCGAAGAUAACAUUGUGGCCUUGGGACAAUCGUCCUGGGACGGCUCUUCCGUUCACGUCCAGCUCACAUUCGCUCUAUUGGAAACCAACACACACCCGAGCAAUGGCAGCUCGAUGUACGCCGUUCCUCACCCAGGCGCGGUCCCUAUUCGCUAUGUCGAACGGGAACGUGACUUUCGCGAGCUUUUCAUGACCAUGCCGGAAGGCGCUCCGCUCCCCACGAGCGAGAUGCGCCUGGGUCCUGACAGCUCGGUCAUGGUAUCUAUAGACCAUUGGCAGAGCAUCCGUAUCUGGAACUGGCGCACCGGUGAGGAAAGACUGGGCUUCUUCCCUAACCCCGUCGAGUUCCCUCUGGGUGCCUUCUUGCCUCUUGACAACGACAACAUGCUGUGUCUCGGUCUGCCCAAAUCGGAGAGCCAUAGCUCGGAGACGGUUACGAACAACAACGCCAGCCUUGUCCUCCUGCAGAGUUCUUCUCAGCAAUCGACUCUGUCCACCCAGCAAUCGACCCCACCCGCUCAACAGUCGACGGCGUCCGCUCCAAAGUCAACUAAGGCUGCUCGCAAGGCACGGAAGAAGGCCGCGCAAAAGUCGAGAAAAUCCGCCACCAAACUGGCAUGGUUCGAUUUCACUCUCGAGAACCAGGUCCAGCCCAACGGACUCAUGCUGGGGAGUCUCAGACUGCCCAAGAUAGACCUGUCCUAUCGCUCCGCCCAUUGGGUUAUGGCCAGCGACCGUGACCUCAAGCUCCUCGGAGUCGAUCUUCACUUCCGUGACUUUCAAGCUAAUGAAAAUGGACCGUCACGCUCGACAUCGGUCGUCCUACCCCUUGCCCACAUCAAGCAGCUGUUUGAAGCCAAACAGGCUACGCCAGUCAUUCAAAACACGACUCUAGAGCAGGCGGGCACUGCAGCUGACAUCUGUAUCGGACGUGGACACAUCAUCUCAGCCGUUAGUGGGCUACGUGUCGUGCUUCUGGAACGGGGUGGCAGGGGAUCGAACAAUGUCAUCGAGCACGACAUUCACUUAACCGACUACGCGUUCAAGUCCGACGCCGAUCGCAUUCACAUUUCACCCCUUGGUGGUCGCUCUCCAGCUCAUGUACCUCCGAUUCCCCGUCCACGAGAGCAGUCCUCGGUGGUUGGCCCGUUUGACCAUGUCACCCCUUCCUGGGACUGCACCAAGAAACGUUGCCUAGAGCAUAACUCCCUCCUGCCUUCGCAUAUUAUGGAAGAAAAUGGCUACCGUCACGCAACGGCGAUCCUGGCCCUCACCGGUCCACCCGACUUUAUCGACACCAUCAGCGCAGACGCGGAGCACCUGUACAUUCACUUCGGCCACCCUCACUCAAACCGCAUCGUUAUCGUCUGCUUCUGA